UGUCGUUAGGAAAUCAUUUCGUUUCUACGCUUACAGUCGUCACAUCGUCAACAACCAACCUCAAUCGACAUGUCUGGCCGAGGCAAAGGAGGAAAAGUUAAGGGCAAGGCAAAGUCUCGCUCGAGCCGAGCCGGGCUGCAGUUUCCAGUCGGUCGUAUUCAUCGCCUUCUCAGGAAGGGAAACUAUGCCGAACGCGUCGGCGCCGGAGCUCCCGUGUACUUGGCUGCCGUGAUGGAAUAUCUGGCAGCUGAAGUUCUCGAGUUGGCAGGAAAUGCUGCACGCGACAACAAGAAAACCCGAAUAAUCCCACGGCAUCUGCAGUUGGCCAUCCGGAACGACGAGGAAUUGAACAAAUUGCUGUCCGGUGUGACAAUCGCUCAGGGUGGUGUGCUGCCGAACAUUCAGGCAGUGCUGCUUCCCAAGAAGACCGAGAAGAAGGCAUAAGAUUCAAUCAUCCUAAAACAAAAACAUAAAACCGCCCUUUUCAGGGCGACAAACAUAA